GCACAAUGGCGAACCGCAGGAAUGCUGCGAUACGCGGUUCGAGAACUGUUGGAGCUGCGGAUAUCAGCAACUUGCUGGUUGACCUGGAACACGCCAGAGGCUUUUUCUCUGGGAAGCCUAUCGACUACCGCAUGCCGUGCACGGCUUCUGAGGACAGAACGUGUCAGAUUGUUGCCAACUUGACCGUAUGGAAUGAGUUCCUGUGCCCGCUUCAGCUGGAGCUGCAGGAGCUAACAGAAACCGCCAGACAACUGGGCCUUGUGGAACUACAAAAUCUUAGAGUGGUCUCUAACUGUGAUUGCUGUGGUGACGAUUCCUGGGAAUGGAUUUUCAAAGGUAUGCUCAAGAACCGGACAGUCUCGAGCUUGCAAGCCGAGAAUGUCACUUUGGAGUAUGGAACCGUUGAGCUUGCAUCGAAAGUGCUGGCUGAAAACAGAGUUUUGCGAAGCUUUCGGCUGUCGCCGCGCUCCUACGUGCGGCACACUUCUGUGUGGUUCGUAUUAAGUCUUGAAAUGCCACCUAACACCACGGCCUUUCAAGAGGCCAUUGCGCGUAACACCACCUUAGAAUACAUGACCUUGAAUUUCAGGAUCUGGAGUGCUGAAUACUGGGGGCCUUUCUUUCGUGUCUUGUUAGAACACACAAGCCUCAAGCUGGUCACCAUCGAUGUUGAAAAAAAAGAAGAAUACCAUCUUUUGCCUGGCGUCGUCAAAGCCCUUCAAGAAAGCGGCUCUGAAGAGAAGGUUUUCUUCAAAGCUCCGUGCAUCGCCGACGAGUUGGCUGUUGCUGAUUGCAAGCUUUUUACCGAACUAAGGGUAGAGCUAUGGAACCGGACAAAAGAGAAAAUGUUGCCAUUUUUCCAACAGCUGUCCACGUUUUCCCGCUUGAAAGCAUUAAGCCUGACACUUCUGAGCUGGGACAGCGUCAUUUUUUCUGCUAUUUCUGAAUAUAUAGCAAUGACGUCGACGCUCCGAAAGUUGUACGUGGACUUGAACAUGCGCUUUGCGGAUGAAUUAAUCGAGUGGUGGCCAGCACUUUCGAAAUCGAUUUUGCUCAACAGGAGCAUCGCUGAUCUCAGCAUUGGUGUUUCAUUGGAGAGCGGGGAGAAUGUCGAACUCCUCGGCAACGCAGUAAUGCGAAGCUCGACUAUCCGGAAGCUCAGCCUAAUGUCAUUUUCUCCACUCGCAUUCCACGCCUUCCUUCGCGGUCUACGCGCAGAUAUCUUGAACAACUACACGCUGUGCAGUGUCGUCAUGGACAAUUCGAGAAUCUUUAAUUUGGCGGCUGAUUGGUUCCCCGUGCGUGACGCAUCGCGGCGAAACUGUGGCUUCGUCGCCCGAGCAGCGCAGUUCCUGAAUCAUGCACGGUGCGACAGGCACUGCGCUGCAGGUUUGGAUCGCGUCUCCCGUCAUCCAGCGCUCGUGGCGGAGCUCGCCGAAGUGCUGUCCAUCGGCCAGGUCGAGGCAGCUGACAUGGUGCAACGACGGUUCCAAAGCAUCGAGGGUUUGCAUGACUUCAUGCGACUGGCCGGAGUCGUCAAAAGGCAGGUCACGUGUCUGCCACGUGAGGAUGGACGCACGCAACUGGACGACCUCAACGAUGACUGCUGGGCCCACGUGAGGCGCUACCUGCAGCUGGAUGACGUACCACAUAGCUCUGCGUCUCCGUCGAGCUCGUAG